GGCGAAGAUCCUGACGUCACGUAACUUAACAUUUGGGUUUUUCGGUGCACUAAAGAGAAUGGAUGUUUGAUCGGAUGAUCGCAAAAGGUGCUACCUACGGCGGUCUGCCUUCUCCGCAGAAAGAGGUUCCUAUCCAUCGCGCCCCACCGCUGUGGCAAGAUUCCGUAAAAGGGAAUUGUUUGCUCUGCGCCUCUUUCUUCCUGGAUGCUGCUUCCGUGUUUCAGCUGUCAAACGGAUUUCCUAGCGCGCCAAGAAGCUUGCUUUGUUUUCGCUUCGUUUCUUCGAUUUUUCUCUCGGAACUGCUCUGGCAAACGAAACGGCUUCAGCUUUUGUUGGAAGGCAGCUAGGAGAUUCCUCUUGGUUCCGUCGUGGUGGCUUUCGAUGUCCCAAUUUCGCCGUGUCCUUCACCGAGCUAUCUCACUUGAAGGUUGCUGCGAUCGGAGUGUGAUUAGAGGAUGAAUUUAUUUUUGAGCGCACCAUCUGCAACCAACAUUUCCUCUGCUGGAGUAGAAAAUCUAAUCGCGAAGGCAAACAUGGCUUCGCCUCUCAACAUUCAGCUUGAGUUGGAAAAUACUCGCAAAACGUUUGAACAACUACAAGCGGCAAGCGUCCGCCCUGCUUGCCAAGCGAUGGUAGGACGAGCGGAUGAGAAAAAUCCAUUUCACACCGAGCUGGACUACAGGAGCGCAAAACGACAGCAGGAUCACCAGCUCGUGAAACGAAUUUUUGGCAAUCGCUGCGAGUGUGGAGCGGAACGGACCUCAACCGUGGCCACCACUUCCUCUGGGACUGCCGGUGCGUCCUCGAUGAACAAAGUGACACCACAUAGCAAGCAUAGCGCAGUGCAUCUCGAACACACCAUCCGUAACCAGCCAACCUUUAAGCACAAGCAUCGUGCCGAAAGGAAGGGCAUCGUGCGUGACGCGGUGCUACGUAAUAUUGGCCGUUGCGUUCACCAGUGUUUGAGGCGACAAAGCGAAGGAAAAUCAUCGAUGGGAGGAGGUCAACACAGCGAAGAAGGCCCCUCAGCCGCAGUACCACCCCUGAAAGCGUCUCGUUCUGAAACCAACCUUACAGCCUGCUUUGCCAGUGACGCUAGCGACGAUAUGCUCGAUUUUAGGUUACUCAUUGCGCAGUGUAACGAUCUUUCACUUACAAGCAGUUCUCCGGGCACAGCUCAAAAGCAGAUCGAUGUACCUAACUACACGCACACUAGCUUCCGGGUGCUUCGACCAACCGAUUUCACAUGGCAACAGCUCAGUCGAACGUCCGUGAAUGCAAGGCGCUAUCGGAAACGGCAGCUUAAACGAUGCAACAGUACCUCAUCUCUCGACAGUGAUGGCAGCGCAGAAAUUGCCUUCAAAAGCCAUACCGAUGCAGCUACUGCCGCACUCGGUGGAUCGCUUGGAAGUAACGUUGCGGAUGGCGAAGGAUUAGCUGGAUCAUCGAUACUUGCUGGCAGUAGUGCUGCAGGCCUCAAUACCGCCAACAACUCAGCCAGCUUGAACGCUUCAUCUGCGUCGUCCGCAGCAUCGGCUUCGUGCUCGCAACAGGCUCGUCUCAACAUCAUGCCCUGUGAUGUGACGAUCGACGAGAUGGCGAGUUACUUCGAGACGCUCGUCUACAUCCCCAAGAAGAUGUCCUCUAUGGCGGAGAUGAUGUAUAUCUAGACCGUCAAGUCAUGGCAGGCAGGAUUAGUUUCCGUUCAACCCACGACGAUUCGUUGUAUUGAUGUUCUCUGCUAAAUUGUCUAGUGAAUCUUUCCGACGCAUGUAAUGCAAUGGGUUUCAGUUCGAAGGAAAUCCUAGGAUCCAACGGAGUUGUGAAUCAGUAGAUGGUCCAGGUUUUUGGUCAAUCACUGUGUGCCACAAAUGGCAAUGAUAACGGGUUUGUUUUAAAAAUGUGUUCAGAUUGAAGAUGUUCGAACACACAGUCCGUGUUUAGAUCAAAAUCCGAGGUAAAAAAACCGAGUAGUCCCAUUUUAUAUCCUUUUCUUUUUUAAAUCUCAAUUCUCAUGUUUGAUUAUGCUUUCUAUUUACCCCAAGUCGAGAAGUUCGAUUAGUGUCUUCGUAGGUGUCCAUGGUUCAAAUGAAUCUUAGGUGUGAUUUGUCAGAUUCCUUUGCAUAUCGAGUCACACUAUCUUACACAUAAAUGGUUUGCUAUUCACUAUCCGAUUCGACCGUUCGCUGUAAUUUGUAUGUCAGUAUAAAAUGGAACUGUGGUAAAGUAUCAUCUAUAUUCUAUUCACCCGGGUUAGGUGAACUGGUGAAAUGUAUGUUAUUAAUGAAAUAAAUGUUCCCUAUACCUAAUUACUGCGGAAUACGCGCUGCGCAUUCAUAGCGCGAGGAGGAUGAAAGCGGGGUGUGUUUUCGAAUCCAUAUUAAACUUUCGAAUGGGAGCGGUUGGCGUAAUGUGUGGUAGUGCUGUAAAUGGUAGAGCGAAUUUACCCAAUGUACACUUUUUGUUUGUUUUAUGUUUUAAAUCAAUAAAGGAAACAAACGGUUCCGUUUUAUAGAAACAUCAAA